AUGAACCCGCUCCACCAAGGCCACGUUGACAUGCUGCACGCCGCGGCGGGCCGGCUGCAUGCGCACGGCUUUCACGCGUACCUCUCGCCCUCGCACGACGGGUACGUCCAGCCAAAGGCGGCGGCGAGCGGUACGAUCGGGCUGAGCGCCGCCUUCCGCCUCUGCGCGGCGCAGCGGGCGGUGGAGGCCGACCCGCUCGUGUCGGUGGCGGCGUGGGAGGCGGCGCAGCCCGGAGAGUGGCCCGACUUUCCGGAGGUGUGCGAGGCGCUGCGGGGCAGGCUGGGCGGCGGGCGGCGCCUCUUCUACGUGUGCGGAGCCGACCACGCGGCCAGGUGCGGCCUGGGAGGAGGGAUGGGCGAGGUUGGCGUGGUGGUCGCGCCGCCCGCCGAGCAGCCCGUGAGGGGGGUCUUCGUCGCCUCGCCCGCUCGCGGCGAGGCGGCGGCUUUCUCAUCGACGUUGGUCCGCGAGGCGCUGGCGGAGCGCGACUUUGAGGCCGCCAGCCGCUACCUUUCGCCGGCGGUGGCGCCGAGCACUGUAUUGUGUAUUGUGUCGGAGAACCCCGUGGCGGACGCGCCGGGCGGUGGCGGAGGAGCAGCAGGCGCGGAGGAGAGGCGCGCUGUGGGGGCGGGGCGUAAACGAUAUCGCGCCCAGCUCGACUCCGUCACGUUCCUGUGGGUACCGAGCCACGCGGGGUGCGCUAGCAACGCCUACGCCGACGCCGCGGCGACGGCAUACAUGGGGGCCAGCGAGAUUGAGGAUGCCACCGCCGUCAUCCGUGAAGCAGGGCUCACGGCGGGGUCGCACACGGCAGGGGUCACGGGGCCGCUGUGGAGCGACGUGGUCAGGGGGACGACGAGACACAAAUGGGACAAGCGUCAGCGGAUCAAGGAUCAGCACGGCGAGCGUGAGAUACAAUUCGCCGAUGUGGAUGAUCAUAACGUGGUGACAAAGACCGUCAUGGGAGCGCGGGUGCGGCAGCAAGCGGGGGUGCCACACGGAACGCACCACGAGAGGAUCAUGCGGGGCGAGGCGGGGAGGGAGACCCCGGGCGCCGCCACAAGGAGCGACCUCAGGGGCUGCCUCGUCUGUAAGGCCGCGAGGGACGCGGCGAGGAGGGCAGCACUAAAGCGGGACCCGCUGUGUCCGAUCGUGCGGAAAGCCGCGCAGCAAUGGACCGAGGAAGAUGAGAACCCGCCUAGAGCGACAAUGGCGCACGUGCUUAGCGGCGCCUGCCUGGGGAAUAGGGAGCAGGCCAGAUGGUUCCUCAGAGUAGCGCGAGCGCAGACAGGGACGGCGAUCAGCAAAGUGGCACAGGCGGCACCCGACUCCAAGGAGACGCUGAAGACGCUGAGGAUGGCGCAUGUCGCUGCGCUGAAGGGCUCACGCUAUAGGGUGCUGGAUGAGGACGGGUACGAUGCACUAGCACCAGCCGUCGGGGGGGUGUUGCCGGCGCUGGUAGAUGAUCUCCCGGAGAAGAGUCGGAGGGACCUUGGCGCCGGGGUCACGAGGAACUUGCAAGUCGUGGCCGAGGCGGCGACGGGAGCGGUGCAGAGGUGGAUCCAGCUCAAUGAUGAGGCUACGGCGCGCAUAAUGAAGAGAGAGGAACACAUCGAGUGGCUGAGGAAGCUCUUCGCUGGGUGGAAGGAGGCCCGCCCGGCCUUGAGGGAGUCGCGGAGGAGGAGGGAUAACGGAGGCAACGUGCAGACAGGCCAACAGCCAGUGGGACGAACGAGGGCCGCGACGGCGGCUCAAGCGGGAGGGAGCGGAGACGGUGGGCAGAGAGCGAAGUGGGUGAGACUGAUGAUGCUCCUUCGACUUCGGGAGCGGUUCCGCUGCUGGGCGAGCUUCAGGAUGGUGCUCACGCGAAAAGGAAUCGACGCGAUGUACAAAGCAUACAAGAAGAGGAGAAAGAAGAGGAGAGGCGCCAGUGAUGACGAAACAGAAGCUAGUGCAGACGAGGGCAGGGCAGACCCGGGGACGGCGGAGGCGGACCAGACGGCAUCGACCGCCGAGGGAACGCUGGGAAGAGGCACGAGGAGGGCGGCGACCUCAACCGACUAUGGAGGACCCGUCACCAGACGACGCAGGGCGGACGACGGUGAGGCGGAGCAGUCGCGCAGGGCGAGACGAGGGAGGGAGCAGGACGUUGCGGAGAUCAGCAGGAGGAUGAAAUCCGAGGACGCGACCCACCUCGCCACAGACGGUCCCGCGCCUCGCCGCUAUGACGGGGACACACCCCGCACUGUCCGCUGUGUCCCCGUCUUUGUCCGGAGUGAAAAGUCCAACGCGCUCGUCGGUAAAACCACGCUACCAGCGCUUGGUCACAUCGGCCCCGAGGUCAGAUCCAUCUACUCUGUUGAUGACAAGACUUGUCUACUGGCUGGAGCCGAGCAGGAGGGCCCAGCGCACAACCCCUGGUCAACUCAGGGGCACAGGGUCCACACCCCGUACCAGAGCCGGUACUCUGCGCGUUGGUAA